AUGGAGGAUGGUCCAAAUGGAAAGAAAUAUUUUAGCAAGUUCUAUUGUUGUUUUCAAGGAGUUAAACAAGGUUGGAUUGAAGGGUGUAGAAGGAUAAUUGGUCUUGAUGGAUGUUUCUUAAAGGCAGUGGUUAAUGUGGAGAACAAGCAGAACUGGAAGUGGUUUUUAGAGCUUCUCAUUGAUGAUCUAAACUUGAAUUUAGGCAAUGGUUUCAGUUUAAUGUCAGACCAACAUAAGGGUUUGAUAGAGGCUAUUAAAGAGUUGUUUCCAUAUGUAGAGCACAUGCAGUAUGCUAGACAUAUUUUCCAGAAUUUGCAGAAGAGAUUCACUGGUGCCAUAUAUCAUACCUUGUUUUGGAGAGCAUCUAAAGCCACAAUUGAGCAUGCUUUUAAAGUUGUAAUGAUAAAAAUUGAGACAUUGAACCUAGAUGCCCAUCAAUAUCUCAUGGAGAAAGAUCCUAGAACAUGGUCAAGAGCUUUCUUUCAAACUGGAAGGUGUUGUGAUGCAGUUGAAAAUGGGUUCUCAGAAAGUUUUAAUGCUGUAAUAGUAGAUGCCAGGAAGAAGCCCAUAAUAACCAUGUUAGAGGAGUUAAGAUUAUACAUGAUGGAUAUAAUCUACAACAUGAAAUUAAAGGGACAACAAUGGGGAAAUCAUAUUUGUCUAGUGAUAAGGGAUAAGGUGAAUUUGCUUAAAAAAACUCAAAGGCAUUAUCAGGUACUACUAAGUGGAUUAAACCAGUUUGAGGUAAGGGGAGCAACAGAUGCAUAUGAGGUGGACUUAAAAAGGAAAACAUGUUCAUGUAGGUUGUGGCAAUUGAAUGGAUAUGGAUGUGCUCAUUCUGUAGCUAGCAUAUCCUUUCUUAAUGGGGAUGUAGUAUUUGCAAAGAGAUAG